AAGUUUCUUUAGUUUUCUCCGGCGGAGUCUGCACGCAGUAGUGUCCGAUCCGUGAGGGGAUUAAAUCCACAGGCGCGACGGGACCAUGUUUUCCAGGAGCCUGAACGUGUGCGUGAUGAGCCUGUAUUUGUGGAUUACAGCGGUGACGAGUCCGGGAAGUGUGAGUGCGAGGAAGCAGGACGACUCUUUCUUCACCGGCAGCAUUUACCGAGCGAGAUGCGCGUCGAGAUGCCUCAGCCUGCACAUCACUCGCAUCUCUGCCUUUUUCAAGCACUCCCAGAAUAACGGAUCCUUGGUUUGGUGCCAGAAUCAUAAGCAGUGCUCCAAGUGCCUGGAGCCUUGCAAGGAAUCCUGGGACCUGAAGGAAAACCAGUGCCAGGAUUUAUGUGAGCCCCUCUUUCCUAAAAAGCACUACGAGUGUCUCACGAGCUGUGAGUUCCUGAAAUCGGUGGAGGGGGUGAAGCAGGGCGACUGUCCUGCCCCCGAGAAGGCCAGCGGCUUCGCUGCAGCCUGUGUGGAGAGCUGCGAGGAGGACGGGGAGUGUUCAGGGGUCAAGAAGUGCUGCUCCAAUGGCUGCGGACACACCUGCCAGGUGCCCAAGAACCUCUACAAAGGAGUCCCACUGAAGCCGAGGAAAGAGCUGGUGUUUCUGGAGCAGCAGUCGGGACAGCUGGAAAUACGCUGGUCGUCCAAGUUUAACAUCUCCGUGGAGCCCGUUCUCUACGUGGUGCAGCGGCGCUGGAAUUACGGCAUCCAUCCCAGCGAGGAUGACGCCACCGAUUGGCAAAUGAUUGCACAGACUGCGGAGGAGCGCGUCCAACUGGCCGACAUCAGAGCCACCAGAUGGUACCAGUUCAGAGUUGCCGCAGUCAAUGUCCAUGGGACCCGGGGCUUCACUGCACCCAGCAAACACUUCCGCUCCUCCAGAGAUCCAUCUGCUCCUCCCAAACCGACCAGCCUGCGAAUCAGCAACAUCACAGCGGGAGACGAUGGUCAAGUGUUGGCUCGUCUCAACUGGACGCUGCCAGAGGAGCCUGAUAUUCCCAUCCAUCACUACAAAGUCUUCUGGAGCUGGACGGUUCCCACCAAGUCCAUGGUGCCGUCCAAAAAGAAGAGGAGAAAGACCGUGAAUGGGGCUCAAAGCUGGGCAGAUCUGGAGGGGCUUCAACACAACAGCAGUUACACCGUGGAGCUGCAGGCUGUCACAUACUGGGGACAGGUGCGACUGAAGAGCUCCAAGGCUUCUCUGCAGUUCAGCACAGCGCAGAAUAACGAAUCAGUCAAGUCGGUGCUCAAGUCAAAGAAGGAGGAGAUAUCUCCCCUCAUUUCAACUCUGGCCAAACGCCCCUCUGGCCCUCUGGAGGUGGGAACUCCGUUCUACCAAGACGGCCAGCUGCAGGUCCGUGUCUACUGGAAGAACCGAGGAGAUCCCACUGUGAGUCGAUACCAUGUCCAGUGGACGCCGGAAUACUGCAGCCAUAACGAGAGCCGAGGGCCGGAGAAGUCUGUCACGCAGGAGAACUACAUCAACCUCCCGGGCCUGCUGUUCUCCUGCAAGUACAAAGUCACAGUUCACAUGCUGAAGUCCAAGAGGCGCUCCAAGGAUGAGAGCAUCACCUUCCUCACACCAUCGUGCGCUACCAUCCGGAGUAAGACUCACAAACACAUCCCCUGCCCAGGGGAGGGAGGCCCGGGACUUCCUAAGGUCCUGGCGAAGCCAGAGAACCUGACAGCUUCCUUCUCCAUCAACGAAGGAAACAUCACAGGUAGUUUCCUGUGGCGUGUGUCCAGAGUGGCUCCUCAUCAGCGAAUCACAGGCUUCCAGGUCACCUGGGCCGAAAUCACCACGGAGAGCCGACAAAACAGCCUCCCCAACAGCAUCAUCUCUCAGUCCCAGAUCCUGCCUCCGGAUCACAGCCUGCUGGUGGUUUCCAACCUGAGGCCGUCCACCUACUACAGGCUGGAGGUGCAGGUCAUCACUACCGGAGGAGAGGGUCCGGCCACCGUCAAGACCUUUCAGACCCCAACUAUAUUACCAGUCAUUCAACACCGACCCAGGCUGCGGCAGCAUCACUCUCAUCACUCCCAGAAACCAUCAGUGGAGAGACACUGAGGUUCACACCCAGUCGAGGGCACAUCGGUGGCUCUCUGCUCCGGUCUGUCACGACAGGAAUGUGUGGAACCGCAACACAAACACAGAGCACCAGACCAUGAACCAUGUACUGACACCACCCUCUCUGCUCAUGAAAUAUGGGCCCAUCCUCGUCAAGCUCCACAAAACGUCAGUUUUUCUCCUCAAAACUUCCCUCUCCACUGACACAUGGCACCAGACCGCGAGGUGCGAACGGUGAAAUCAUAUGGAAGACGUGAAAUCCCAGGUGUGAUGGCGACAGAGGAACUCCCUACAAUGUUGUUGCGAUGCAGCUGUAGUAAUAUGUAUACUGAAAAAAACAAACAAAAACAAAAAAACAACACACAUGCGAACCAUCCACUUAGGUUGUGGGAGGAGAUGUAGACUGUUAUGGAUGUCAUGGAUGCAGCCAUUUAGUGCGAAAUUGAAAGCAGCUCUGAAGUUCUCGUGGUUUUAGAGAGAGACAUUAUUGAAUGGAAAUAUUUGGUGAAAACCCACUUUUUAGUAGAUGUUUUCCCUCAAUAUAGAAUUAUUUAAGGUAGUAGGUAAGUCGUUAGGUGUUUGAUAUGAAUAAAGCUGUCAAAAGAUUGAAGCAGUGAUUAUCAACUGGUGGCCCACGGGCCAAAUACUGGCCUGUGAAACCAUCUGAUCUGGCCUGAGACUGGAUUCCAAAAAUGUGAGGUUUCUAUCAGAAAUCCCAAGGUAAAGUUCUGGCCACACUGACAAAUAUAGUUGGUGACCUCUGGAUUAAAGUUUUAAUCUGAUUAAUCCAAAAAAAUAUCUGUGUAUUGAUGGGACAGAAAGACAUAACAGUGGGUAGAUGUAUGUGUAGAUAAAUCUGUGCACUGUGAGGCUGCUCUAAUGCUAGCUUGCCGUUGCUGAGGUUCUUCGCUGCAAGACAAAUUUUCCCCACAAUAUGCUCAAAUGACACCAAAUGUGUCUUAGAGCCAAAUAUAUGGUUUACAUUGAAGGUAAUUUAAUGUUAAGCUAAUGUAACAUGUAUCCAGUUAAGGCUAAUUCAAACAUGACAAACAUUGUCAUUUCCAAUCCCAUUUAAAGGAAAAUAAA